UCGGACAGAAGUUGAUAAGAACAAACAACAACGCAACCGUUUUCUUCUUCCCGGCACUUUCACUCGCUAUCUCUUUUUUCAUUCAUCCGCGCGCCCUGUCGUUUAUUCCUCCCUCGCCUGCAUUGCAUUUUUGCAUUGCAUUCUCUCUCUCUCUCAUUUAUAAAACGACAACACAACCACACACCGUUUCGCUUCCCCAUUCCAUUGUUUGUUUCUGCAAAUCUCACUAGAAAACCUCUCUGGAUCCCUCGCAUCGCGCAUUUCAAUCUCCCCAUGGGAAACGCUAACGGCAGAGAAGACGGUGCCGUUACCGCCGGGGACGAUCCCUCCGCUACUGAAUCCGCCGUUCGUGGAGCUCACGCGCCUGAUUCCCUGGCUCCGGUUCGGGCCUUCUCGUCCGAUUCAAUGGCUAAUAGCCCCCCGCAGAGUCCCCGCCGCUCCAGAUCGCCGAUCCUCUUCGGCCCUCAGGUCCCUCUAGCUCCAUUAACAAGAGGUAAUGGCCCUCCUUUUCUCAAUCAAAUGUGGCAGAAUGAGUCGCAUGGUAUUGUUAAUCAACCUCCUGAGCAAGGAAUCCCUGUCAUGAUUACAUGGAAUUAUGGUGGGAACAAUGUGGCUGUGCAAGGAUCCUGGGAUAACUGGACAUCUAGGAAGGCAUUGCAGCGAGCUGGCAAGGAUCACUCAAUUCUUGUAGUCCUGCCAUCUGGAAUAUAUCAUUACAGGUUCAUUGUUGAUGGUGAAGAGAGAUAUAUUCCAGAACUUCCUUAUGUAGCUGAUGAGAUGGGGCAUGUCUGCAAUCUUCUUGAUGUUAAUGAUUACGUGCCAGAAAACCCUGAAAGUGUUUCUGAGUUUGAGGCGCCAGCCUCCCCAGAAUCCAGUUAUGGUCAAGCAUUUCCAGCCGAGGAAGACUUCGCAAAAGAGCCAAUGGCUGUUCCUUCACAGCUACAUCUUACUGUCCUAGGUAUGGAGAACUCUGACGUAGUUUCCUCUUCAAAACCUCAACAUGUUGUGCUAAAUCACGUCUUCAUAGAGAAAAACUUGGCCUCGAAGUCUGUUGUUGCCCUGGGACUGACUCACAGGUUUCAGUCCAAAUAUGUGACAGUUGUCCUUUACAAACCACUCAAGAGGUAAAUAUGUGUCAGUUGUCCAUUAUAAAAUCCGUGUUAUUUUGUUUUUAUUUGUAGCCUCAGUCUGUAAAGAUGAAAAGUUUAAAUGAUACUCCCCCCCGCAAGUGGUAUAUGAAGGUCUUGUGUCUAUAGAUAUGCUUCAAAGUAGCUUGUGCUUCUGUUUCUAUUUGAUAUAUUGAA